AAGUAACCUUGAAUUUGACCUCGAAUUCGAUAAAGCAAGUUUCUCUGAGAUUCCAUUCGACAGUGAACGGUUACGGAAGUGGUGGUGCUGAAAGUUGCCAAUCCGCCCAAUUUUCCAAAAUGAGCAAAGGUCAUAGUGAAACGUCAGACACCGGGGAAAGGAAAUGUCACAUUGGCUACAACAGCCCUUUGGAAGCAAUGAAAAAUGGCCCCAGGGAAAAAUUGGCGUACGUCACGUGUGUUUCUGCCAAAUGGAAAUCUACCAAUCAACCAGACUUCUUGGCCACAGUGGAUCUGGAUCCUGAAUCGGAGACAUUUUCUAAGAUUAUACACAAGUUAGAAAUGCCGAAUGUGGGUGAUGAGCUCCACCAUAUGGGUUGGAACGCUUGCAGCAGUUGCAAAAUUUGCACCGUACGGCGGGACAAGCUCGUAGUGCCUGGUCUCAAUUCGGACCGGAUAUACAUAGUUGACACAACAUCGGAUCCCAAACAGCCUCGUAUCUUCAAGGUCAUUGAGCCCAGUGUUCUUCAUGAAAAGGCUGCAGUUGGAGCUCCUCAUACUGUUCAUUGCCUACCUAGUGGGAACAUCAUGAUAAGUUGUAUGGGAGAUGCCGACGGCAAUGGCAAAAGUGCGUUCUUGCUUUUGGACCAGAACUUCGAAGUGAAAGGGACUUGGCAGAGUGAUGAAAAUAGCACUGGGUACAACUACGAUUACUGGUACCAACCGCGUCAUAAUAUCAUGGUUAGCACAGAAUGGGCCGCCCCGAACACUUUCAGAAAUGGCUUCCAUCUACGAGAUGUGGAAAAUGGACUCUACGGCCAUAGCAUUACCUUCUGGGACUGGACUGAGAAGAAACCGAUUCAAAAGCUAGAUCUCGGUGAGAAGGGUCAAAUCCCUCUAGAGGUCCGGUUCCUCCAUAAUCCUGAUGCAGACCAAGGAUUCGUGGGAUGUGCUUUGUCAACAUCAGUGUUCAGAUUCAAGCGAGAAGAGAAUAAAAAUUGGAUUGCGGAAUGCGUCUUAAUGAUUCCACCAAAAAAAGUAAAAAACUGGCUUCUUCCAGAAAUGCCAGGAUUGAUAACAGAUAUCCUCAUUUCUUUGGAUGACCGAUUUCUCUACGUAAGCAACUGGCUGCAUGGUGAUGUUCGGCAAUAUGAUAUAUCCGACACUUUGAAUCCACGAUGCGUUGGACAGAUAUUUUUGGGAGGUAGCCUGUGCAAGAACGAAAAAGUUGAAGUGAUCGAAGAUACGGAAAUGCAGGAGCAGCCAGUAAGGCCUACCGUGAGAGGUAGCCUCGUGCGCGGAGGUCCACAAAUGCUUCAGUUGAGUUUGGAUGGGGAAAGACUUUAUGUUACAAAUUCUCUUUUCAGUGCCUGGGACGAGCAGUUCUAUCCUGAAAAUAUUGAAAAAGGCUCGAUGAUGGUUCUUUUGCACGUUGAUAAAGUGAAUGGAGGGCUUAGCCUGGAUCAAAACUUCAUUGUUGAUUUUGGAGUCGCGGGUAAUAUCCUUGCUCACGAAAUGAGGUUCCCCGGCGGUGAUUGUACUUCGGAUAUCUGGGAAUAAAACGUUUAACUUUGAUAUAUUUUGUAAUGUGAUUGUAAUUGGAAUAUAAAAUAUUGAAA